AUGGAAAAUCAGGUAACCACGGAGCCUUUGCAAAGGAAUACCAAUCUCCCGUAUUUCGAUUGGGAUAUGGAUACUCAACGAAACAUCAAGUUACUUCUGAGGCAGCGAGGUUCCCAUUUGAGAAAGACGGUUGAUGCUGACAAUGUAAUAGUCAUACGGACCCCCAAAAGGCCGUUUCCAUCAUCUCCAGGGAAAUACCUUGUAAAGAAACCUUCAACAAAAAUCAAAGUUCCACGUUCACCACUGGUACAUGAGAGGCCUGUUGAUACCGUAUCACCAGCAUACAACAAUGAAAAUGCCGCAGAUGAUCACUUGCAAGAUUUAAACCAAUAUGCUGAUGAUCAAGAUCCGUUUGAACCGGUGACUAAUCCCCGACCAAAAAUCUCCUCUAGCAAAUACAACAACAGAAAGCAUUAUCAUUUUGAGGACCGCAAUUUCCAAAAUAAUGAAAUAGAAUUAACACGAGAUUCUCAUUAUCUGCCAACUUUUGACAAUUUCAACAAGGGAAUUGAUUUAACUACUGACAAUUUGAAUCAAUUCCAAGAUGAACUGAAUAAUGAAAACGAUGCAUUCCAAUACACAGAGACAAAACCACCUUCUUUCAAAUUCAAUGACUCUACUAUUAAUGAUUUAAUUACCACCGAUGUUUCUAUGGCCUCCAUUGACAUAUUUAGAGAAUUAUUCAAAAACUUAUUUCAGGAUGAUCUAAUCUUACAAGCUCUAAAGGAUUUUAAUAUGAAUGAUGAUCAAGUUAAAAGAUUGAUGUACAAAUUGGAUUUGAAAAUAUUUCAAAGAUUGCUUGAUUUAAUUGACGGUGAUUUGAAAGAUAUUUUUGACAUUAAUAUGGCCAAUAAUGAAUUAUGCCAUAAAGUAAGUAAAAUUUCAGAUCAUAAUGAAAAUCUAGAGAGGGAAAUAAAUAAGAUUAAUGAAGAAAUGGAAACAAUAAAAUCAAAGACGUAUGAAUAUAAAACACAAGCGAGAAUGCAGCAACAGAGGCAGGAAACUGAAGAACAACGGGAAUUAAAUGAAAAAAUAGAAUUAAGUGAUCGAAUAAAAACAUUUACUAAAAAAUUAUUUGAAGAAACUAAUGAUGAUGCGAAUGAGCCACCAGCUAAUGAGAAUGAACAAGAGUCGCUCUUAAGUGACAUAUUUAAAGCUCAUGGCCCUCAGUAG